UGAGGGACAACUCAGAGAAAAAAAUGGUGAUCUUAUUGAGCUGAAAUAUCCUCUCAUUUCGGAAGAUCCGACAACUGAGCGUUGGUUUCAUGGAAAAAUCACCGGGAAAGAAGCUGAAAAGAUGCUAUUAGAACGAGGCAAACCUGAUUGUUUUCUGGUUCGUGAAUCUGUUCACCGACCAGGGUCUUAUGUCCUGUCAGUUCUAACAGGUGAACAAGUAGCACAUAUUAUGGUUCAUGGGAAGCCGAAUGGAAUGUAUGAUGUUGGAGGAGGGCACCAGUUUUCUUCAUUAAAGGAAUUAAUAGACUUCUACACAAAUACUCCAAUGGUCGAAAAAAAUGGAGGCUUAGUGUCACUAAAACAGCCUUUCAACGCUACUCGAUUUAACGUUUCUACCAUUGAUCAGCGUAUGCAUCAGUUGGAACAAGAAAGUGGUCAUGGUUCCGGGUUAGCUGGAUUUUUAGAGGAAUUUGAAGAGUUGCAUCAGGAAGCUCAUGUGAAGAGUAAUCCACGUGUUGAAGGCUAUCAGUCUUACAACCGAGAUAAAAACCGGUAUAAACAUAUCCUUCCAUUUGAUUGGUCUCAAGUUAAACUUCUUGAUGGUAAUCCUGAAGAACCUGGUUCUGACUACAUCAAUGCAAAUUAUAUUUGUUGGCCUGUCCAUCUAACUGAAUCUCUUUCUAAUGGAAGUUCUUUCUGUUGUGUCAAAUAUCACCCAAUUUCUUCAGUUUCUGAUCAGAAUAAUAAUCAACAAUGUAAUGCUUCUAUCACUACCUCCAAUUCUCCACACACUCCAAAUAGUUCUGCUGCAUUUUUUUUCAAUGGGAAACCACGUUACAUAGCCACCCAAGGGGCAGUUGCUAAUUCACAAGAUGCAUUUUGGCGUAUGAUAUGGCAAGAAAAAAGUGCCGUAAUCGUUAUGAUCACGAAAAUAAUGGAACGUGGUAGGAAUAAAUGUAUUCGUUAUUGGCCAACUGCAGAAGAAGGCAUACGAGAGUUUCCAAAUUAUGGUGGUACGAUUCGUGUCCGACAUUUGUCUGAAAGGAAUUCUGUUAAUUACACGCUACGUGAACUUUAUAUGACUAGAGAUUCUUCUAUAUCAACAAAAAACACAGAACAUCAGUUUCCUCAUUUACCUGAAUCUGUUACUGCCACUUCUACUUGUUCGAGUCCUACUAUCUCUGACACACGAUUUGAUCAGAAGCAUUGCAAAUCAAGUAACACAAAAUUGCAUCAAACCGAUACCACACUGUCAACCGUCAGUAGUCUUGAAAGUACAUCUCGAGAAGUGAAUUCAGGAAAUGGACUUACUGUUUAUCACUAUCAUUUCACUGUUUGGCCCGAUCAUGGAACUCCUAGUGAUCCUUCGUGUGUACUCGAUUUUAUGCAUGACAUAUCCGCUCGACAGGAUAGUAUCCCAGGCGCUGGACCUAUCGUUGUACACUGUAGUGCAGGUAUUGGACGUACUGGAGCAUUUAUUGUAAUCGAUAUGCUCAUAAAUUAUAUCAAAACAAUGGGCCUUAAUUGUGACAUAGAUAUUUCCCGUACAAUCCAAGCAGUUCGUGAACAACGUUCUGGGAUGGUGCAAACUGAAACUCAGUAUAGAUUCAUUUAUAAAGCUGUUCAGCAAUAUGUAAAUACAAUGUCCAAGCGUAUACAAAUGGAUAAUGAUCUUCGCCGUACUGGAAGAGACUACACUAAUAUCAAUCGUGCUGCUGAUGAUAUUGGUGUAAUUGGAACAUCAGCUGUCAAUAUAUUUCCAACGGUUUGUUCAUCAUUGGGUUUCAACUCCCAUGAACAACAAAGUGUGACAUCAAACUUUAUUCCUGGAGCAAGUAUCAACACACCCUCAGUUACUGGAUCUUCUGUGCCUGCUUCAAACAAGCAAUGCAAUUGUCCUAUUCACUCUUGUUCUCAGCGACAAUCAACAUCAAACCAUAAUAUAUCUCAAGCUUCCAUUUGUCCCACCAACUGUUCACAAACUGCUGUUUCAUGCACAACAUUGCCCUGCACUGCUCCAGUUGUGUCCGUUUCGCCUCGCAAUGCGGAUUCUGUAACUGGGGGCUUCUUCCAUCGACUGACUGCACCAAGUCGUCCCCGUACGAAGUCAUGACACUUUUUGAAGACAUUUUAUCCGAUUAAUUUAAUGUAAAGAAGCAUUAGUGAUAUCUG